CAAUCCCGCGGAACAGACCCAGAGAACAGGAUCUGGGUCCACCCUCCGAGUUUCGGUUUCCAUUUCCUGGAGUGCGAAGAAUCGAGAAGAAAGGGGAAGGGCGACAGAUACGGCGUUUACAUUGGCGAUAAGUCUGGAGGAAAGGGGCAUUUUUUUAAAAAAAAUAGCAGCAGCAACAACAACAACAACAAGAAGAAGACCGAGAAGCGGUGGUGGGGGUUAAGGGAAAAGAGCGAUGGACGUGAAACGGGUGAAAGAUUACACCACGAAGGCUGUGUGUGCGUACGGCGGCGCUCUGGAGUACAGCGCUCUGCGGAGGGCAGUGGCCAAGUCCGUGACCGUGUCGGACACGGCGCUGAGUCGGGUUGUGGCCGAGGCCCAGAGCUUCGCGCUGGUGCCGCGCUCCGGCAGCGCAGUGCCGGGCACCCGCAUCGCACAGGACACCCUCGUCCUCGCCGUCACCGCGGUCCGACUCUGCAAAGAGUACGUGAGGAGGGGCUGCGCGGGGCCCUGUGGGCAGCUCCACCUCUGCAGGUAUUUCGUCUACGGCAACUGCAAGUUCUCCAAAGGAAGAAAAAUCUGCAACUUCUCACAUAAUAUCACCAGCAACCAUAAUGCUACAAUCAUUCAAAAUAACUGCCUUUCAAGUCUGGACCCGAAGGAAUUGUGUCAGCUCCUGCUUCAAAACGACCUCUCGCUCCUCCCUGAGGUCUGCUUGUUCUAUAAUAAGGGUCCUGGUCUCAAUGGUGCCUGCAACUUCAAGGAGUCUUGCACUAAGCUUCACAUCUGCCAGCACUUUAUUCAAGGCACCUGUAAGUUUGGCUCCAAGUGUAAACGUUCACACAGCUUUGAAAGCAAUGGCUCAAAUGCCCUGGAGCAUCUGAGCAUGGAGUUCAACCAGGCACUCCCGAAGAUAUAUUCAAAUAUUUACAACAUCAAAAACUGCAGGUCAUGUGACAGCAAAGAGAAGACUUCCACAGCCCCAUUCAGUGACUCCCCGAUUAGCCCUAGCACAGAUGUGGAAAAUGAAGAGAUUUGUCUGUACUACGUCAGGAAGAACUGUGGCUUUAAAGAUAAAUGCAGGCUGGUACAUUACAGUCUCCCAUAUAGAUGGCAGGUUUAUGAGGGUGCAUGGAAGGAUCUUCCAAACAUGGAGGAGAUUGAAAAGGCUUACUGUGAUCCGAAAAAUACCAGUUUGAGAUCCCCAAGUGUUGAUUUCAAAACAAUGAGGUCUAUUACGAAGCAGGUCCGACGCCUCUCCACUGCUUCUUCCGUGACCAAGCCUCCUCAUUACAUCCUGACCACUGAGUGGCUCUGGUAUUGGAAGGACGAAUAUGGGAAUUGGAUUGAAUACGGGAAGCAGGAGGGGAAACACAAUGCCAGUAUAACCUCCAUAGAGCUGGAGAAGGCAUAUUUGGCAAACCCCAAUGGACAAGUGGAAUUCAGUGCAGGCAAAUACCAGUAUUUCCUGAACUUUAAAGACAUGUUUCAGAAAAAUGUUCUUCUUGGGACACUGAGGGAUGUGAAGAGAAGACCAAGGUUUCUUUCUGAGAAGGCUGUGGAAAGCCAGAUAAGGAGUUCAGGAAAAUCUGGACAGGAGCUAUCAGGUGUCGCUCAAAGUAAAUCCAUUCCAGCACACUGGGAUAUGUCGGCGCAGUCAGAUGUGGGAUACAAGGUCAUUCAGCUCCAGGAGUCUUCUGAGGAAUACAACCAAGUGCAGACUCUCUUCAUGCGGACUAUGAGCAGCAGUACCAUUCGGAAAAUUGAACGAAUCCAAAACCUGCCUCUUUGGGAAGUUUUUCAAUGGCAAAAGGAGCAGAUGAAGAAGAGCAAUAGUGGCAAGGACGUGAAUGAGAAAUCUCUCUUCCACGGCACAAAUUCCUCCAUUGUUGACGCCAUUUGCCAGCAAAACUUUGACUGGAGGAUCUGUGGUGCCCACGGAACGUCAUACGGAAAAGGGAGUUACUUUGCCAGGGAUGCAUCCUAUUCGCACAAUUUUUGCAAAUCUACGCAGUCCACUAGGAUCAUGUUUGUGGCACGGGUUUUGGUGGGGCAGUUUACCAAAGGAAGUAGUUCGUUCCUUCGACCACCUUGCAAAGAUGGCACCACCACAAGAUUCUACGACAGUUGUGUUGAUGACAACUCUAACCCGUCUAUAUUUGUUGUGUUUGAGAAGCACCAGAUCUACCCUGAAUACAUUAUAGAAUACAGAGAAAAAUGAAUAAGUUCCUGUAGAUGCAGGAUGAGCUGCUUCCAAUGAAAACCUUCUUUCAUAUUGGAGAUACUAAGAUGCUCAAAGUUUUACUGUUGUGAUACAACUGUAUUAACCCAAUCUGACCAGGUUGGCAUUGUACAUUAUCACGAGUGACAAUGCCAGCCUGUUGCAGUUGACCUGUGACCAAGCUUACAUGAUAAUUUUGGUGAUCUGUUUGGUGAAAUGGAUUAACACAAUCGAGUGAUUCUGAUUGGAAGUGGACAAGCCUAAC